GUCGAUCUGUCUCGCCGCCUUGGGCUUAUCUGAAUCCAGUCGCUCGUUAGAACCGGAAAGUCGGACAGAGUUAUGCUGCACCGACCCCAUCGCCCAUUGCCUGCAGCUGCGACAUGAUGGCUUCCGCGGCAGCGCUACCCUCGAGCCAACACGCCCUCGGGCUCCCCUCACAGUCAGCCCGCUGUCCAUCACCGUCAUCGGGGCGGCUGUGGACAUCAUGGGCCGCGAUCUUUGCCAUCUUCUUCUGCCUAGUUUCUCACACGCUGGCUGCUACCUUGGACGCCGCCAUGCCCGCCGAAACCCUUGUCACUGACCACAGGUUACCUUAUCGGGAUGGCCGAGGUUGGGUCAUGCUAUCGGAGCAAGAUAUUGAGCGGAGGAGGUUGCAGGAGCGUGCCCCAUCUGAGUCCUCCGAGUCCUCAGAAGAAUCAGAAACGUCAACGACCACUUCAAGCGGCGCCUCCGUGACCACCACCUUCUCCAUCGUAUUCGGGACGCCAAAACCGUCCACCACGAGCACGACUGUGUCUGCAAGCCCGCUGCCCAGCAUUCUCGACAGCAUGCCGUCCGUCUUCCUUCCCGCGUCGGACGGCGGGCCGGCACCGUGUCCGGUGUUUAUCAAUUCCUUCCUCACCGAUCCGACCUUCAAGCAGUGCUAUCCGCUCUCAAUGCUCUUCGAGUCAAAGUCAUUUUUUGAAGCAAAGAGAUCACUCCUGGGCAUAACGCGAACCCUGGACGCGACUUGUGCCGCCAACGCAACCUUCUGCAACGACUACAUGCAGACAUUGGCCCGGAAUUUCACUGCCCCCGAGAACUGCGGCCGAGAGUAUGACGCCGGCGCUACCGCCAUAAUAGACGUCUACGAUGCUAUGACGGCGUACGCCCCCGUCUACGGCGCCGGGUGUCUUCGGGAUGACGAGACGUCGGCCUACUGCUACGCCAACGCCGUCACGAACCAGACCAACUAUAGCAUGGCCUACGUCUACUUCCUGCCGCUCAAUAAGUCGCUGCCCGGGGCGACGGUGGCGCCCUGCAACUUUUGCUUGCAGCAGACCAUGGCCCUCUACCAAGCUUCCACCGCCGACCGCAGGCAGUUGAUCUCGUUGACGUACGAGGCGGCGGCUAAGCAGGUCAACACAAUUUGCGGGCCGGGCUUUGUCAACGAGUCGCUUGCCCCUGUCGCCGUCCCUGCCACCGCCCUGGCAGGGGUAAUGAGGCCUUCCACGUGGCUGUCGACGGCCGUGGUGGGGUUGGCCGCAAUACUGUGGCUUCUAUGAGUCCGGUUAAUUGACGACGGUCGAUCAUUGCAUGAAUAAACGAAACAGUGACGUUGAUUUUAACUGGGACAGCAUGGCGUUGGUUCAGGGUUUCAAUCUUCUUCCAUUUAUCGAUUUCUAUUCCACUUCUUAUCUUUUUUUACUAUUCAUUUAACUUGAGUCAAUUUUUUGGAAUAUCUUCAAUCACCGACGCCGGAGAUCGACCUGAUACCUAUCCCUCUCAUCCG